AUGUCAUCAAACACGAAAGAUUACAAAUUACUGAUUGAAGAGGAUAAUGCCAACACUACAACAUACCAACCACCCUUAAUCUCCAUGAAAGAUAAACUUUCUUAUAUAUCAUCAUUGGGAAUACUUCCAAUUUUAACCUAUUGUGCUGCUAGUAUCUUGAUGACUGUGACAAAUAAAUAUGUUCUGUCCGGAUACGAGUUUAAUAUGAAUUUUCUACUGUUAGGCAUCCAGUCGAUAUCGUGUGUUGUGCUCCUUCAUACUUUCAAACCUUUUAAUCUAGUUACUUUUCGAAAGUUGGAUUCAGAAACAUCUAAAAAAUGGUUUCCCGUUGCUGCAUUGCUUGUAGCUAUGAUUUACACGGGAAGCAAAAGUUUACAAUAUUUAUCAAUUCCUGUAUAUACAAUUUUUAAGAAUUUGACAAUCAUCCUCAUUGCGUACGGAGAAGUAUUAUGGUUUGAAGGAAAAAUAUCAAGACUAACCAUGGCUAGUUUUUUAUUAAUGGUUAUGUCGUCAAUUUUAGCUGCAUGGUCUGAUAUUUCUGCUACAUUUUCCGAAGCAUCAUACGUAUCAUUAGAUCCCGGCUAUUUUUGGAUGGGUUUCAACUGUUUUUCUUCUGCCGCCUACGUCUUAUCCAUGAGAAAAUAUAUAAAAUCUAUAGGGUUCAAAGAUUUCGAUACUGUAUAUUAUAAUAAUUUCUUAUCAAUACCUUUGUUGAUAAUAUUGAGCUUCACGAUUGAAGACUGGAGCGUUAAAAAUUUAGAAAAGAACUUCCCAGUCGAAGUUCGAAGUACGCUCAUAAUGGCUAUUUUAUUCUCCGGCAUAUCAGCAUUUGCCAUUUCAUAUGCUUCAGCAUGGUGCGUCAGAGUUACAUCUAGUACAACCUAUAGCAUGGUGGGAGCAUUAAAUAAAUUACCCGUUGCUGCAAGCGGGAUGAUUUUCUUUAAUGAUCCUGUCAAUUUCGGCAAUGUAUCCGCUAUAACAGUUGGAUUCAUUGCUGGAAUUCUGUAUUCCAUGGCAAAAUCUGUUCAAGUUAAUGAUAAACAAAACACCAAGGAUUUUCUUCCAAAACCUGUAUCAA